UUCCGGAUGCGUCACACUUAAAUUCUUCUUGUUGCCGACCAACAGUAAACAAUCUUGGAUUCAGGUUCAAGACAAACCGAGACAAUGUUCGAUGUCGCAUUAUCUCCCGCGGGUGCUCAAAUCGCCCUGGCUACAUCGAGUGAUGAAAAGCAUCCCCCAGAAAAUAUUAUAGAUGGGAAUGCAGAAACCUUCUGGUCUACAACUGGGAUGUUUCCUCAAGAAGUUGUCAUCAAAUUUCAGACUUUGAUGAGGAUAACCAAUGUACACAUAAGCUCAUACAAUGUUAAAAAAUUAAAGUUGGAGGCGUCAGAAACGGAGGACUCUAACAAGUAUGAUACAAUUGCUGAGACUGAGCUGGAAGAGACAGAUUCCCAGUUACAGCAGGAAGAAAUUCAGUUAGGAGAAAAGCGAGCUCACAGCCUACGGAUUGUUAUUGAGUCUGGUUUUGACCACUUUGUGUCCUUGCAUAAAGUUGUGGUCAGUGGACAAGCUAUGCAUCAUUAAAGAGUACAUCUAUAUUAUGUUUUC